CAAACACUCCUCAAUAUUCUUUUGGCCUUAACUUCAUUCCACAAGUUACACAAUGUUUGAGAAUACAUUGCCUGAACAGGCACUGGCUGAGAAUGCUAAGCCUAAGGACGAAAAAUUUAAGGGCCGAUUCGGAGUAGUUAGAACCGGGGUGAAUGUCCUCCUCUUUGAUGAGAAAGGCAGGUUCGUGAUGGGCAUAAGAAAAGGCAGCCAUGGUGCAAACACCUGGGGCCUCCCUGGUGGUCAUAUAGAUCUCAGAGAAAGCUUCGAGGAUUGUGCCAUACGCGAACUUGAUGAAGAAACAGGCUUAGCGAUCGUCAAUAUCAAGUUUCUCACCGUUACGAACGAUGUGUUCGAAGAAGCUGGCAAGCACUACACUACCAAUUUUCUUGUGGCCCAGGCUAAGUACAAAUACCCGUCCGCCGUGGUCCUGGAGCCCAAAAAAUGUGAGAGGUGGGAGUGGUUCACCUGGAAAGAAGUUAAGAAGUAUUAUGAGGCAGGUCAACCCUCCAACAAUGACAAAUAUACUAAAUUCGAUGGAAAGAAAUUGUUUCUCCCAACGGAGAACUUGUUCAAAACACGGCCAGAUGUGCGGCCCUGGGAGAAGCUCCAACCCCUGUGGCCAACCGAGAAGAAGAUGGAAUCCGAGACCAAAUGAUGAACCUUGGUUCUCCUGAUCGUGCUUCAUUUCUGCGGAUUAAUCCCUGGUCUGUUCAUCGCUCGACUGAUGGCCCGCGUGGCUGAGCGGUCAAUGGCGAGCUAGAAUUAAAG